CCAACCUUGCAGCUCGCGUUUAUAAAGCUGGCCACCGGCUGUCCCGAGCAAGAUGAGACUGUGCAGUCUACUUGCUCCAUAGCAGAUUCAGAGCGGCUGGAAAAGUGGCCUGGCAGGCUUGCAGGAGCCAUGGCAAAGAAUGGAUUUGUCAUUUGCGUCCUGGUGAUCACCUUACUCCUGGACCAGACCAGCAGCCACGCGUCCAGAUUAAAACCCAGGAAGCACAGCAAACGCCGAGUGAAAGAAAAGGAUGGUGAUCUGAAGACUCAAGUCGAAAAGCUCUGGAGAGAAGUCAAUGCCCUGAAGGAAAUGCAAGCCCUACAGACAGUCUGUCUUCGAGGCACCAAAGUUCACAAGAAAUGCUAUCUUGCUUCAGACGGCUUGAAGCAUUUCCAUGAAGCCAAUGAAGACUGCAUUUCCAAGGGCGGGACUCUGGUUAUCCCUAGAAAUGCCGACGAGAUCAACGCCCUCCGAGACUAUGGCAAAAGGAGCCUGCCAGGUGUCAAUGACUUCUGGCUGGGCAUCAACGACAUGGCAACAGAAGGCAAGUUUCUUGAUGUCAAUGGACUCGCUGUCUCCUUCCUCAACUGGGACCGUGCACAACCUAAUGGUGGCAAGAGGGAAAACUGCGUCCUGUUCUCCCAGUCGGCACAAGGCAAAUGGAGCGAUGAGGUCUGUCGCAGCAGUAAGAGAUACAUAUGCGAGUUUACCAUCCCUUAACAGGCCCUUCUCAAACGGGUCUUCCGAGCAAGAUUGGACAUGAUUUGUACAUUGAUAGUCCCCAAGAAUAGGUCAACAUUGUAAUUAUUGUGACACAGCAAUUUGCUACUACAUAUUAUUGUGAUUGUGCCCUCCAAGGAGCAUAGGGGACCAGAAAAUAAUGACCUAGCCAUUGCAUACCAUUACAGCAGCUUCUGUAGAAUGGGCUAUUGAACCUUUUCUCUUUCCCGGUCUCUCUCAACUGUAGACCUGGUCGGUUUUAAAAAUCAUAGUCAUGUAGCUAUAGCUAUUCAGUCCAGAAGAACAAGCUUAGAAUUCUUGGACAUUUUUCUCUUGAAAAUUUUAUAUAGAUUUAGUUGAUGUUCUUUCUAAAUCAAGAUCCUAAGUACCAUGUAAUGCGGACUAUUGAGCCUGGUGCUCAGUCUGUUCCUCCCUGGUAAUAACACUUUGUUCCUCUAUUACACACCCAUAGGGUCACUAUAGCCCCUGGUGGGGCUUGAAUUUUGUUUGCCAUACCUGAACGCAAUGUUUAAAGAAUUUCUGAUUUAACUCUCUUUUUCAAGUCCCCAUUUUUUGGGGGGAAAGUUUCCAAGAUUCUAAAAGAAAAAACAAGGCAGCCGGCACAAUUAUAUUCUCUGAUUAACUAUGUUUUCACUCCCAGGUCUUCAUUAUAGCUCCCAGCUUACAUGGGUAACCCUUAGGCAGGAAAAAAAAUGCAGAUUAUAUGGGAAAACAGAAAAAAGAAUGUCUGUUUUCCCUUUUCUUUAGCAUCUUUACUCUCUUCCUUUAUGGAGCUGGGGGUAGACAUGUUAGUUUUCUUUUUUAUAUUUUUUUAUAUACUCCCGUGUUGUUUUUUUUUUUUAAUCAACAUUAUAUAUUUAUAUCUAUUAGGGGCAACCUGUCUUUAGAAGUUGAAACUUGGAUUUAAAUAAUGGAGUCACACAUUUGUGCAGUAUUUUAUUCUGCCAAAUGCUGUUCUCAUUUAAUUGCUUAACUAGACUGUAUGCAAUCACUUCCUUGUUUAAUAUGACGUUACAAAGCGUAGGUUUGGGGGAAAUGGGUUUUUAGGAACAAACAACUUUAAAUAUUUCUGUUCUUCAAAUAAAUAUCUUUCUCUCAAUGUUGAAUGAGUUUUCUGAACAAUAUACUGCUCAGCAAACUGUAACUAUCUGUGCUUGGAAUUAACUUUUAGUCCUUUUCACUGCACAAUGAUAAUAAAG